GCUGGCCUGAGUAUUUGCAGACUAGGACUAUACAUGUCAGCACCACUACGACGUAGAUAGCGAACAGAGUGAGGAAAUCCAUGUCUCACCUGGCAGCUUCAGAGACAGAACAACAGGUGUUUACGGGACAAACUGACAAUGGACAGAGUAUUUCAACUCUGACCAUCAGAUUCACCAACCCUGGCUUCAAAGUGCUCCACACAAUGCAACACGGCAUCACAAGACACCUGUUGGAUCUGGUUGCCGACAUGGCCCCACACUCAUAUUACAGCUCACAGUGCUGGAGAGGGGAACAGUACUCGGGAGCUCUGCACGCACACUCAUGGACGCUGUUUAAAAAGUCCUUAGCAUGCCGUCGUCCAACCAGGGCUGGCCUGAGGAGUUCGGCUUCCAGCUGGGUGGGAAUGGACCCAGCUACAUCCUGUCUGUGGAGGAGGGCAGCAGUGCCCACCUGGCGGGGUUGCAGGCUGGGGACCAGGUCCUGGAGAUCGAGGGCCACAAUGUGUCAACACUGGGUCCCCAAGCUGUCAUCGCCAUCGCCCAGACUCAGAAGAACAUCCCUCCCAGUAUCGGAGUGGUGUCCCGCAUACAGCAGAUGGACAUCAUACCCGGUCCGGACGGUCGUUUCGGGUUCACCAUCGUGGGAGACUGUCCCCUGCUGGUGGAGGACUGCUCGCCUUGCUCUCCAGCCGGCCGCGCAGGUCUGAAGGCCGGGGAUUACGUCAUGGAGGUCAACGGCAUCCCCGUCAGGCAGCACGAAAUGGCUGCGGCGCUGAUCAAGGCCUCCCAGGGGCGGACGCUCCGUCUGGGGGUGCUGUGCCUUGCCCCGAGGCAGAAACACAGCAUCAGCAUAGAGGACAGUCAGCUGGGAGGAGAAGGGGCGAGACUGGAUCGUAAACAUAAAGCUCUGGAGUUCAACAGGAAGGUUGAGCAGAUUCUAGGUGAUGAACCUGAAGUCAAAGAGAAACUGUUCAAUGUGCUGAAGCAGUACGCAACAGAGAAGAGAGUUGAGUGGCUGGCCUCCGCCCUGCCCGACAUACUCACAACUGAUGAGCAUCGACAGCUCAUUUCCAGCAUCAGAAUCUUCAUUCCCAAGAAGCACCGGCAGCGCUUCGACGAGGCCGUGUCCCAGAACGUGAUCAACCGAAUCUGCCGCAGCAAGAGCAUCAGCGAGCCCCAUGGAAGAAUCCGCCGCAGUCGGAGCGAGGAUCACUCUGAGCGCCACCACGGGUCCAAACGGGCCAGCUCGGUGCCAAGAGAUGGAGAACCUGGAGGGAGGGGUGAGACGGAGAGAGACAGAGGUUUAAGGAAGGGGAUGCCAGCGCAUCCCCCCAUCGGACCUAAUCAGAGGGUCAUUCGUGUCUACAGGGGGAAGAAGAACUUCGGCUUCACGCUGCGAGGUCACGCUCCCGUCUGCAUCGACUCUGUUAUCCCAGAUAGUCCUGCCGAGGAAUGUGGACUGAAACCAGGCGACCGUAUCCUCUUCCUCAAUGGACUGGAUAUGAGGAACUGUUCCCAUGAGAAGGUGGUGUCCAUGCUGCAAGGCAGUGGGGCGAUGCCCACUCUGGUGGUGGAGGAGGGUCCUUCUGACUCAGACCAGACAGACCCAGAGGAGUCUCCAAACCUAGCCCCCACCACAUUACCGCGCUCCAGGUCUCCGGCCCUUAGCUCUCUGCAGUGGGUGGCAGAGAUUCUUCCGCCGAGCAUCAGAGUCCAUGGGCGGACCUUCAGCCAGCAGCUAGAGCACCUGUUGACCAUCCAGGAGAGAUACACAGUCUGCAAGGCCCUGGAGACCUUCUUCCAGCACAGGAAUGUGGACACUCUGAUAGUGGACGUGUUUCCGGUGUUGGACACUCCGGCCAAACAGCUGAUCUGGCAGUUCAUCCACCAGCUACUGACCUACGACGAACAGGAGCGCUGCCAGAGCAAGCUCUCACGCUUCCUGGGUUUCAAGAGCAGUGCGGUGUUGGAGCCUGAUGUAGGUCCCGAGCACCACCGGCGGAGCAGCUCCAUGCGCGUGACAGGGACUUCGUACCGCGGCUGCGUCCGAGAGAGGAGCUCUGAUGACUGCAUCAUUGGGACUCACCUGGGAAUGGGAAUUCAUGUGGAUGAAUCUGGGAGCCAGGAGGAGAGGCAGUCAGGAGAUGGGACCUCCUUCCCCGAAUCCCCUGACCUCAAUCAUAUGACAGGUGUGUACACGGAGCUGGAGAACGUGUACGCAGGGAAGAGUGUGUCGCCACUGCAGUGUGGCUCCUCAGCAGAGCCCGAGGGCCCGGGACAGACUGAGGCCUACGGGCGCUCUCUCUCCCCCCUCACACUCCCGCCUCUCACAGGUAAUCGUAAAUCUGGCCUGACCCUCUCCUGGAAAGAGCCUCUCCCCACUCCUGUGUAUGAGAUCCACCACCAGAGCAGUGUGGACUCCAACCCCUACGUCAGCCUGGAAAGCCCCCCCGCCUCCCCUCAGCACUCGGAUGGUGGCCCCAACACGCUGACCCGCCGCAAGAAGCUGUUCACAUUUUCCCGCCCGCCUCGCAGCCGGGACACAGACAAGUUCCUGGACGCUCUGAGCGAGCAGCUGGGCCACCGGGUGACUCUGGUGGAUGACUUCGUACCCGGGGAGAACGACUAUGAGGAGAUAUAUCAAGGUGGUUGUCAUGGUUUCAGAAGAAGAGGGGUGCCUAUGAGUUUCCAGGAGGACCAGGACAUGGGCUUCAUGCCCCGGCAGCUCAGCAGUGGCAGCAGUGAGGAUCACAGUAGCAGCGACGAGGCCUCCUCUCCCUCCUACUCUUCAGGAUCUGAACCCAUCCCACCGCCUCCCACCCAGAGCCCCCCUCCUCCCCCGCCUUUCCAGUCUCUUAUACCGCCUCCUGUUCAAUUCACUGACCCCCUGCCGCCAGUCCGCUUCUCCCCUGAGCACGUCCCCCGCAGCCGGAUGCCCUUCCAGCCCCACCACCCCAUCAUCCCUCCUCCCCCUCCCCCUCCGAGGACCCUCCUGUCCAGCCGCUCGCCUCUACACAAAGUGCUCCCCACUAGAGAAGAAGCAGAGAAAACUCACCAGCGCUUCCAGACCACCUCCACCCGCCUCUCGCACAUCCACACCACCAUGGUCUCCACAACCCUGCGCUCCUCCCAGCCGUCCCGCCCCAGCUACCUUCCCCGGCAGCUCAGCCAGCCCCAGCCCGUCCACCAGCCGUCCCCGCAGCCCUCCCCUCAGCCGCUGAGACCGAGCCAGCUCGUACUCCAGAGGCACCACCAGCUCCACCACCAACACAGCUACCAGGGCUCGCUGCCGCCAUCCCUGCAGGAUCACAGCCCGUCCCAGUGUCCGAACCAAGGCCCCACGCUGCUCUCCCAGCCUCCGGCCUCUCACUCCACCCUCCCCAGUCACACUAAGACCUAUGAAACCCCACGGCAGGAACGCCAGUCGCAACAGGCACCGCCGCCCCCACCUCCACCCCUGCCCCCACCCUGCGACCCGCCUCCGCUGCCCAAGCCAGGCCACCACUCCUCGGACUCCAACCACAUGAGCGUGAAGAGGCUGCGCUGGGAGCAGGUGGAGAACUCCGAGGGAACCAUAUGGGGUCAGCUCGGAGAGGAUUCAGACUAUGACAAGCUCACUGACAUGGUGAAGUACUUGGACCUUGAUCUGCACUUUGGUACUCAACGCAGAUCCAUUAUGAUGUUCUCCAUAAGCUGUUUUGGAGCUGCUCCAUUCACCUGUUCAUCAAAUCCAUUCUCCAUAAGGCACCAUCCCCCUCCCCCCACUCUUCUCCUGCUCAUUAAUAACACAGCUCUGCCAGAGGAAAAUCACACCUUACUAUUUUAUUUAUUUAUUUUUAUCAGCAACCCAAAUGCCAGAGCUGUGUUAUUAUCCCAUCCACCUGCCACAUGUAGCCACAGUGUAUGUGUGUGUCUGUGUGUCUGUGUGUCUGUGUGUGUGUGUGUGUGUGUGUGUGUGUGUGUGUUGUGUGUUGACCCCCGGUGCCUGGAGAACACAUCUUUACACUGUUUGUUGAAAUUAUCAGUCUCUCCUCCAGAGCCAGCCUUCUUGCCAGAGAACUUUAAAAAGAAAGACGUGGUGGAGAUUCUGUCUCAUAAGAAAGCCUACAACGCCUCCAUCCUCAUCGCCCAUCUGAAGCUCUCCACCGCCGAGCUGCGUCAGGUCUUGAUGAACAUGACCACGGACAGGCUGGAGCCCGCUCACAUCAAGCAGCUGCUGCUCUACGCUCCGGACGACGAAGAGGUCAAACAGUACGAGCAGUUUGACCAGGACCCGGCCAAACUGAGCGAGCCCGACCAGUUCAUCUUCCAGAUGCUGAUGGUGCCUGAGUAUAAGACCCGUCUGCGGAGCCUCCACUUCAAGACGACCCUGCAGGAGAGGACGGAGGAGAUGAAGGUUGCAUACGAUUACAUCUACAAGGCGUCAGUGGAGCUGAAGAGCAGCAAGAAACUGGCCAAAAUCCUGGAGUUUGUACUCGCAAUGGGGAAUUACCUGAACAAUGGCCAGCCCAAGAGCAACAAGACAACCAGUUUUAAGAUCAACUUCCUAACUGAGCUAAGCACGACCAAAACAGUAGACGGGAAAUCCACCUUCCUUCACAUUCUGGCCAAGUCUCUGUGCCAACACUUCCCCGAGCUGCUCAACUUUUCCAGAGACCUUACAAAUGUGCCUCUGGCAGCCAAGGUGAACCAGAAGGCUAUCACUGCAGAGCUGAGUGAUCUUCACACCACCAUCCAGGACAUCAGGACGGCCUGCAUGAAGAUCCAACCCACCUCUGAGGACCACUUCGCCUCCGUCAUGAGCAGCUUUUUGGAGAACAGCCACCCUGCGAUCCAGUCACUGGAGUCCCUGCAGACCCGAGCAAUGGAGGAGUUCUCCAAGGUGGCCUCCUACUUCGGAGAGGACAGCAAGUCCACCAGAACAGAGGCCUUCUUCGGCAUCUUUGCGGAGUUCAUCUCCAAGUUUGAGAGAGCUCUCAGUGAGACCCAGACUCCAGAAAACCCCAGAAGCCCCAGACUGUCUUCCCCUCUGGCCUGGUAGAAGCAAGAAAUGCGGGCGGAUGUGUCGGGCCAAAACCGACAGGCUGGUCGGCUCCAUUUUCACUCUGCUCUCCACAACCAAAGUGCCAAGAUCACACACAGAGACACUCAAACCAACGGGAACAGAGACCACGUCAUCUAUAGCAAAACAGAAUGGAUUUACACUGUAUCUAUCUGUAGGUAACCACAACAGUUGAUGAGUGCCCACGUGUGCGCAUUGCUGUUAUUUCAGGUGCUGGGUAGAGCAGGAACAUUCAGGUGUCCGCAGGUCAACAGGAACUCACCGCACACUGACGACUCAAACCAGUCUUUUACAUUAUUUACAUCUCCUUUUAAUACACAUUACACAGACACAUUAGAGGAAGCAUCCAUGUACAUUUGACUGCAUCUCGAUUGCUACAUUAAAAUGAGACGUAAGUAAUGAAAACAACUGGUCUGAAUAUUUACAGAUUACUCACUAUGUUUAAUAUAUGACUAUAUAAAGUUUAUAUUUUCUAUCAGAUCAUAUUUGAAAAUUGUAAAGAUUAAGCAUAGAUGUAGGCUGAUGACAGUUAUCUGGAAUCAAGGUGAUUCACAAGUGUAGUUUAGUUUUUAGAGCCAGGCGGGGAUGCUGGGAGUAUUUGAUCGGACUGUUCGUACAGUGUUGCACUCACUGCCUCCCAUACAGCCCGAUUUGAUUUGAAAAUAUUAGAUAUUGCAGGUUUGUUUUCCAGCAUUAUGUAUCCACAUUGCUGAUCUAGACUUACAGAUGUGGUCAUUCUCAUCUAACCUACUGUGAAUUUAAAAGGCAUCUAUUAUGGGGAUUAUAAUAACAUUUAAAAAACUUACAGUUAAAAGUCCAAGUCAUCCACACCCAGCUCUGGUUCACUGUGGUCCUUUGCAGUAGACGGCAUAUUACAUCUAAUUUACUACUUCAUUACUACAUACACGUCAUUUACUAUGGAAGAAAAACAAGGUCAUAAAGAUUUACAUUAUUAAAUAACGGAAUACUUAAUUGUGAAUCUUAACCACAUCUGAUUUUUACUAUUACAAUUAAAAUGUAAUUUAUAACAUUGAAAUAUCAAAUAUAUCUAUUUGAAUUUGAAUGGUUUGAUUUACCCUUUUUCAGUUGGUAGUUUUCAAGUUGUGCAAUUUCAAAAAGUCGAUUUGAAGUUUCCUUUUUUAUGGUUCACCAAUUAAGUAGAAAAUGAAUUCAUCCAAUAUUCACAAUCUGUUUUCAAGUUACUCAUGUAGCUGGUUAUUUUCUGAUCAAAAGUCAGGUUAUUUAAAUCGUAUUGGUGAAAUUCAGAUACCAAAUUCAAGAUAAAAAAUGUAACAUAAGCAAAGAAGCCUUUAAGGCCCGCUGUCCUAUCAGGUUAUAGUCAUAGUUCUUAGUUAGUCUUGUGAUCCAAGAAAUACAAGUUCAGAUAACUGGAAACCGCACACAACUACAUUUUAUAUCUGAGUUGUUGGACUUGAAAAGAAAGUUUAUUUAUUAAUUUUCAAAAAAGGGAAAUUCAAACCAAAUAAAUGGUAAUAUAGAUGGUAAUAUUUCAGUGGUAUUUAAAGUUAGCAUUCUGUAUUCAUUUAAAUUUCACAAUUAUGUAUUAAGUUGCUUAAAUUUAAAUUAUUUUGCCCUUACUUGGCUUCCAUAAUUUUCAGCAUAGUCUGUUGCUUUUAGCCGACAGUGAGACAUGUCCAUAGAAAAAUGGCAUUAGCUACCUUACUGCUAGUAAACCAGUGGGCGGUCAGGGUUAACCUUAGAUUCAGCUCCCUAUACAAAUGUGAUCAAUACAUUGUUUUGCUUUAGUGGCUGAGACAUGAGGUCAUCCACCUUUACCUUUUUUUCCCCCUGAUCGUAAACAGCCACUGACAUCAGGCCAGUUUACACCAUAUGAACUCUGUAGCCUCUGAAGGGGCUCUCAGCCAUUCAGCAUCAGCAUUGUGAUUCUUCUGCCUGUGUGGACUUCAUUCAAUAACACACAAUUAUUUAUUUGCAAAACAUCAUUCAGAUGAACAAUGUGACACAUUUCAAAGGGCGGUAACACUGACUGCAUCAGCACAUGCUGACAUUUGGCUCAAAAAUCAUCCAUUUUAGAGAAUGUGUGGGUGGAACAGCACAUCUUUUCCAACAAUUAGUGUCUUCUCUUUGUCGGUGCAGAAAGAUAAGAGGCAGGUUUAAUCUGAAAAGGCUGAGCUGUGUGCGUCUGGCAGAGAGGACGACUAAUAGUUCUGCACUUUGUCGAGUGUUUCCGGAGUAUUGUGUACACAGACCUGUUCAAACAAGUGGGUGGCUGCUAAAUGAAUGAACGUCAAACGCAUGUGGAAGAAAAAAAAAAACACCCUACUGUAAAUGGUCAUUUCCUGCUCUUCUGGUCGUCAUGGUGAUCUCAUGACUCAUGUACUAGACUACAGUACAGUGUACCUGUAGCUGUGUUGUAUUUAUGUCGAACUAUUGUUGAGAUUGUAAAUUGACAGUUUUUGCUAUGCACUGCUCAUCAUUUUGUAUCGUAUGCUCGUGUGUCCUCCAAGUCCUAGUUUAUUUUCUUAUUCAAGAGUGUCAUCAGGAAAUCACCAUUUUCUAUAUUCUUUAUGCGCAGCUUUAGUCAGGCCUACGAGGCGACUGUGAUCUCGUAAAAAUGCAAUCCUAGCUGCUACUAGUGUAGUAACAGUGUUUCUUGUCCAAAUCAAUUGCAUGUUGGUGCAGUUAAUGUAUUAAGAUGUGCAGCUGGUAGCAUUUACCCUCUUUGGAUAUUUAAGUUUAAAAUAAAUACAUUUCUGUUAGUCUAGUUAGGUUUAUUUAUUGAUUGCCUCCAAGUUUCCCUUUUGUAACCGUUUUAUAUGUUUUCAUGGGAAGUUGCUCAUGUUUUGUGAUUGUUUGACCUUUCACGUUUUGUUCAAUGCUUUCAACUGUGAUAUGUUUUUGAUCUAUAAAAAUAUCAUGCUUGAAAGUUAUAA